CUCUCAUUGGAGCGCAUCAAAGAAGAUCGCCCGAUUACGAUCAAAGACGACAAAGGCAAUACCAGCAAAUGCAUUGCCGAUAUUGUGUCGCUGUUUAUUACGCUGAUGGAUAAAUUGCGUUUAGAAAUCAAAGCCAUGGACGAAUUGCAUCCGGAACUGCGUGACUUGGUCGACACAAUGAAUCGCUUAUCAUUGAUUCCAUCUGGAUUUGAAGGCAAGGAAAAGGUUACCAACUGGCUUAACACACUGAACGCGAUGCAAGCGUCUGAUGAGCUCAGCGAAUCACAAGUUCGGCAAAUGUUGUUCGACCUCGAAACUGCCUAUGCCGCAUUCAAUAAUCUUCUUCACAGUACAUAGAUUUUUUAAGAAAAUGUUCACUAUCAUAUUCGCAAGCGGAAACAUUUAUUUCUUUUCUUUUUUGGCAAGCCACGAUUCAC